UCUCUAUCUCUAAAAAGCAUAUUUCAGCAAAGGCUCCUGCAGAACCACACUGAGGCUAGUUUCAUAGAUGAAACAGGUAGUCGUACGCCGUAGUCGUUGAAGUAGUAGUUUUUCUUUUUCCAGCAGAGCUAGAGAAAAUGUCGAUUGACCAGUACCUGUAUGCCGACCAAAAGGCAAUGUACAUUUUCGCCGCCGUGGCGGGUGGCGUGCUCAUGACCGGCGGCCUAUUCAGUGCCUGCUGCUCCCGCGAUGCCGGAUUUCUUCUGGGUGCAUUUACUGUGUCAGUGCUGGGGAUCAGCCUGAUCGUCGUGGCAGUGCUCGGCCAACAGAGCCACGGGUAAGCUUGCGCUUCUGGAUCUCCUCGAUGUGAUUGUGAGUCAGGAGCUUGAGGAUUCCUACACACGACGAUCGUCCCAUUUUUGUUGAUGUGCCUAGUCCACUAAAUCAAACAGAAGCCGCAAAACCAAAAGAAUAAAACCAAAACAAUUUGUUCUGCAAUUUUCCAGGCUUGCCCGUGCGACGUCGGUAAUAGAGGCCAACACAGACGAGACCUGGAGUAUCCCCGCCUUGCUGCACGGGGUGAUGGCUAUCGGCGGUCUGAUCGCAAUUGUUGCCUGGGCCGGCAUGCUGGGCGCCACACGCGGGCUGAAAAACUGCGUCGCCGCUUAUUUGUUGACAACAUUACUUUCGGGUGCAGCCCUUCUCGGCACCGGCUUCGGGCUACUCGGCUUCAUCGAGACCGCGACGCCACAGAUCCUCCGACAAGUAGGCUCCUUCUGUCAAAAAGACACCUAUCCCCAGCUGUACAGGGAGCUCCAGUGCACGGACGAACUCGACGGCAACAGCGUUGGCCUGCAACAGGGCCUCGACAAAGAUGCCGCGGAGGAAGGCUGCAACGGCACCUGCCAAAAUAAGUAUGUAGAUAGUACCUUGACUUUUUUAUUACAGUCUUUCCGUUUCACUCGCGAAUUCUGAAAAUGCUAGUGCGUGGAGCUGUGAUGCCUUCUUUUGUCGAUUCGUCUCUACUGCUCAGUGAGAAUCGCCACAGCAUUGACUCGCUGUCUAGCUGCAUCAAGAGUAGAAGCAAUCAAACUACUUUCCUCCUCAACAUACGACCAGGGUUUCCGUUUUGAAGAAGAUGGGUGGUUGCGACAUGCUCACCUAUUUGUGCACCCGUAAUACGUACGGUCUCGUGGGCGAGGGCGGCGUGAUAUGGAAGCGAACCGCCCCCGAGGUUUUGUCCGGGGUCUGCCUGUUGCCGCGAAACACCCGACCACCCAUGGUUUGGCUCUCGUUCGGGCCCAGACCAAGCAUGACGGCGGCGGAGAGUACGCUGGAGUACUGCCGUGACGCCUGCAACAAGGACUUGGACUGCACGGGGUUUAGCUACUUGAAAGCCCGCAGGGAGUGCGCACUUCUCAGCCCAAAUAACCCGGACUGGAUAAUAAAUCUGCACCUGGCGAAGGGCGAGAAGAAAGUAGAGCACUGGAAGCAAAUCAAGCACGUGGCGACAGACAGUACUCCUUCUAGUCUGCUGCUCAGUUAUUUCCUGAAUUCAUUCAAGAUAAGUUCAUUUCUAGGACCACUUACUUCUGGUGUGAGUGUCUGAGCUAAUUGUAGAUGAGUCCGUCUGCCUGGUCUUCAAAUCUGGUUUUGUUACGGUACAUAGCAUGAGGAAAAAAACACGCACCUUGAUGAAAUUGGCAUUGUCUAUCGCGAAGCUAACGUCGACACCCGCAAACCGUUGAAUAAAACUCAAAUCUGCAGCCACUGAAAAGGAUCUCUCGAUGUACGAUCUGGAUACGCCCGCAGACUUCGGCAUAAGCGACAAGUACGGACCCAUCGUAACCGUUCACCCCGAUGAGGAUGUGGAGUGCUACGUAAAAACCACCACGAGGCUCGUAUCGCGCCUCCUCGGCUUCAUUUCCGCGCUCGCACUGUUGCUGCUCGGGCUAGGGGUAAGUAACAAAGUGCGUAGUGCAGUUUGAUGUGCGAUGAAAUUCAUUGAACAGGAGGAUUCACUUGCUUUUUCAUGCUACUAGUGCUAGUGGCUUCUCGUCCUCGUCAACCUCAACAUGCACGAGCAGCCUGCUAGAAAAAUAGCAGCAGUCACAACUGAAACUGUCCCGUCUGACAAUCAGGUAUUGCUGUGCUGCAGCACCUUGCACGGUCUUUUCCUCUUCAUGAGCCGCAGAAGACGAGCCAAGACGGACCCUGCACUGAGCGGUCUGCUCUACGCAAUGUUUUGCCCCUGCCUCCCAGGUGGCAAUGCCGUUCUCGACAUGGGUGAGCCUUUGAACGAUGUGGAAGACGACACUGACGAGCCAAUGGAGUAACUUUGCCGUGUAAGACAAGGAAAAACUACUUACCUUGCUGACGAGCGACAGCGACGCGGACGACGCCGACGCCCCCUCCGAUCCGAAUUAUCGGCGCGCGACGCCUCCUUGCUUUGCGCCGGCGCUGCGGCUACAUGGCGACGUGUUGGAUCUGCAUCUAUGUUGAUGCAUACGACGAGCGACAGCGCAAACAUCCUGUAGACACGCAACAACGUAGGUGAUGUCACUUGUUGUCAGCAGCUGUGAAAAAUUUGUCUGCCCGCAUUCUUGCCAUUGGCAUUGCCGCGUGCGCUAGGCCUACGAAGAUUUUGAUUUUCGUAGAUUCUUGGCGACCAUCAAAGACCUCGUUAUAAAUUCGGAGUUUGAUGAAUGGAUCUUCAUCUUCGGAAUGCCAACAGGCAACGCACACAGCCGAGAUGAAGGUACUCGUAACAAACUGAAAGCACGCCGCGGCCACGACAGCCCAGCUUGCUCUUCAUCCACGCAGUUAUCGCACUUCUGUAUUGCGUUAUGCGCAAGGGAGUAGCUCGUGCCUAGCACUGAACUUAACAAGCGCAUCUGAAAGAUAAAGAUCCAAGUAAAAAGACG